AUGAGCUGGUGUCCUUUAUGUGACUGAGUAAGUGAAGUGUGACAUCAGCUACACAUUAUUGUUGUUAUGCAUCACGAGCUACAGUCAUAAACCUCAGCUGAUUUUCUUACAGGGUUCUUACAACCCGGCUUUAUUUUUUCUGACAAAAACUUUGCUUACUUUAUUUUUGCAUACAUUUUGAAUGAAUUUAAAGUAACUCAGUGUGACUUUCUGAGUCGGGUGCGAUGUUAUGCAGACACAUUGCACUGAGACCUUGUGUAGAGGAGCUAAGGAGCCACAGAGCAGAUAUGAAAUCGCUUUUUAUCAUUUUUCUGCUGGCGGUCGGAUGUGGUGUUGCUGUAGGUGUGAUAAGAGAAUAUAUUUACGUGAACACGGAAAAAAAUUGGACUGAUGCUAAGUUAUACUGCCAAAAUUACUACAGAGAUCUGGCCAAUGUCACCAGUAUGGAGGAAAACAAUCAUCUUAUGGCUUCUGGACCUGGUUCUGGCUGGAUUGGGCUGCGCAGGGGUUAUGUUCUAUAUUUUACAAAUUGGUGUUCUACCUGCCCUAAUUUAGACGCAAAUUGUAUUUAUACCUCUGAAUCUGGAUUAUGGAAUAGUGAUUACUGCAAAUUUCUAAAGAAUUUCUACUGUGAUCGGUUUCUGUGCCUGGUGACAGAGAAGAAGACCUGGGAAGAGGCUCGGGAUUUCUGCAGGACUAAUUACACUGGUUUGUCCUCUGCAAUCUCGGAGACGAGCGUGAGGCAGCUGAAUCUAGUGACAGUGGGGACUGAGAACCUGUGGAUCGGUCUGCACUUCAUGAAUGGACAAUGGCUGUGGGUGAACGGGAAGCCGCUGGGGAGCCCGGUCUCGAUGCCUUCAUGUCCAGCUCAGUCUUACCGCUGUGGAGCUCUCAACACCGCAACAAACACUUUGCAGAUCAUGAACUGCAAUGAGAGGCUGAGCUUCAUCUGCUACUACUAGUGAUUUUACACAAGUUCACACCUCCUUCAGGAAGAUUAUACUGUAUACUGCAUCACACUGUAUAAUCCUUUAUUUAAUUAAUUUUACUAAUGUCUUUACUAAUAUUUAACUGGGUUUUAAUUUUAGGGUUUUUUGGUACAGGUUAAUUGUAUAAUUAAUGUAGAAAUCUGAAUUGUGAUUAGUUAAAAUGUGUUUAUAAUUGUCAUUAAAAUGCUUUUCUUCUCUUAUUAAUGUUAA